AUGGGAGAUAUCACGGUCCUUAGGAACAUGGAUGACGAUGAGUGCAGACGAAGCAGCGGGGGAGGUUGCCCGUGGCGUAAUUCACCGCCGGCGGACGCGGCGAUGAUGCAGUUGGGAUGUGAUGGAGUGUUUGUGGGGUCUGGGGUUUUUAAGAGUGGUGACCCUGUUAGACGUGCUCGGGCUAUAGUUCAGGUCGUUACUCAUUAUAGUGACCCGGAGGUGCUUGCGGAAGUUAGCUGUGGGCUUGGUGAGGCCAUGGUUGGCCUUAAUUUGAAUGAAAAGAAGGUUGAGAGGUUUGCUGCUCGGUCCGAUUAG